UCAAGUCCUCGUCAACACUCACAUAAAAGCAAAUUCACAUUCAUCCCAAGUCCUAAGAGAGUCAAAAAGAGAAAACAAGAAAAAUGGCAACUUCCGCUUUAGGACAGUGCAAUCUUCUACCUCGUACAAAACCCACACAACUGCAGUCUCCUCGUCACCCUUUCUCUUUGUCUUUCCACAGACAAAGCUUAAUAACCUCCUCAUCACGUGCACUAUCAAUAUUCACCCAACCUGAAGGUUUCGGUUCUGUAAUUGAUCAGAAACGUUGUCGGGAGGAAUAUCAAAACCGGUUUCAAACAUGUGCUGUUCGUGAGUUGACCGGUUCUGUUACCUCUACUCAAGGCCAUCGCUUUGCUAUUGUGGUUGCACGUUUCAAUGAUCUAAUCACAAAGAAACUUUUGGAGGGAGCGUUGCGCACUUUCAAGAGUUAUAACUCAGAAGAUGUCGAUGUUGUGUGGGUUCCUGGCUGUUUUGAAAUAGGCUUGGCCGCACAGCAGCUUGGAAAGUCCCGGAAAUAUCAAGGGAUACUGUGUAUUGGGGCAGUAAUAAGAGGUGAUACGUCUCACUAUGAUGCGGUCGUUAAUGCAACCACAUCAGGAGUAGUUUCAGCAGGUCUAAAUUCGGGUACGCCUUGCAUAUUUGGUGUAUUGACAUGUGAUACAUUGGAGCAGGCUUUCGAUCGUGCUGGUGGUAAGUGGGGAAAUAAAGGUGCCGAAGCAGCGUUGACAGCAAUUGAGAUGGCGUCUUUGUUCCUCGAGCCUUUAGAAUAGGACGACGCCCUUUUUAAUUACUAGCAUAUAUGUAUGCUCUUCCAAUAAAGAAAAAAGAAUAUCCCUCUCCUCUAUUUCUCAAGUGAUGUCUAGCUACCCUUUUUGUUGAACAUUUAUCCGUGCUCCAUAAAUGUGACGUUACGUUGAACAAACAUCUAUUUUAACAUGUCGUUCCA